AUGGAGCCAUUGGCAACGACCUUUUGUCCUCUGGAAUCCACAGAAUACAGCAGAAAUGAGUCCCUAAAUGAGACCACCUCGUCUUCAAAGUAUGACUACAGUUACAUGUCCAUCUGCCUGGUCAUUUGUCUGCUGGGACUGAUUGGGAAUGGACUUUUGAUAUGGUUCCUAAUCUUCUGUAUCAAGAGGAAGCCAUUCACCAUCUACAUCCUACAUCUCGCCAUUGCUGACUUCAUGGUCCUCCUCUGUUCAUCCAUCAUCCAACUGAUAAACAUCAUCCACAGCCAGGACAUCCCCCAACUGGCCUAUCCAAUUGUCUUCAUGAUCUCCGGCUACAACACGGGUCUGCACCUCCUCACAGCCAUCAGUGUGGAGCGAUGCCUCUCAGUGCUUUACCCAAUCUGGUACCAGUGCCGACGUCCAAAACACCAGUCGGCUGUGGCCUGUGCGCUGCUGUGGGCCCUCUCUGUUCUGGUGUCUGGUUUGGAAAACUUCUUCUGCAUUCUGAAAGAGAAGCCCCGAUUCCCUGAAUGCCGAUACGUGUACAUAUUUUCCUGUACCUUGACUUUCCUGGUCUUUGUUCCUCUCAUGGUCUUCUCCAACUUGGUCCUCUUCAUCCAAGUCUGCUGUAAUGUGAAGCCACGCCAGCCAGCCAAGCUCUAUGUGAUCAUCAUGGUCACGGUGAUCCUGUUUCUCGUCUUCGCCAUGCCCAUGAAGGUGUUGCUUAUCAUCGGCUACUACUCCAACUCGAGUGACCACACUGUGUGGGAAUCCCUUCCCUACCUGAACUUGCUGUCCAUUAUUAACUGCAGCGUCAACCCAAUUGUCUACUUUGUGGUAGGCAGCCUGAGGAGGAAGAAGAGCAGGAAGUCCCUAAGAGAAGCGCUGCAGAAAGUCUUUGAGGAGAAGGCAGUGGUGGGCUCUAGGGAGAAUGUCGCACAUUUCUCUCUGCCUUCAUAA